AUGCCGCCGCUAUCCGCCGGAGUUCUUCACCGCACAGUCGUCGCCGCAUUCGUACUCUGCCUCUUUGCCAUUGUCGAAUCCUCUAAAAAUUAUCAGGUCGGGUGCAGCAAAACCUGCGUCGCCGAGAACUGCAACACGAUCGGGAUUAGGUACGGAAAGUACUGCGGAGUAGGGUGGUCCGGAUGUCCGGGUGAGAAACCAUGUGAUGAUUUGGAUGCUUGUUGCCAGAUCCACGAUGAUUGUGUGGAGAAAAAAGGUAUGAUCGACAUCAAAUGCCACGAGAAGUUCAAAAGGUGCAUAAAGAAAGUGCUUAAAUCCGGCAAGAAAGGGUUCUCCAAGACCUGCCCAUAUGAUACUGCAGUGCCCACAAUGGUACAGGGUAUGGAUAUGGCAAUUAUGUUUAGUCAGUUGGGUGCCCCCAGGACCGAACUUUAA